UUGAGGUUAUAAAUUUUAUUUUUAAUUACAGUAUUUAUUAACUUUUUAUAAGUUAGAGGUAUAGUUUUAUUUCAUUAAAUAGGUAAAAGAUAAUCAGUUGAAGUUAGUUGUAUAGGUUCUUGAUUUAACUGAUCAAUAAUGUGGAGUUUGAGAAAGCAGAGUUAUUUAUAGCGGCGCAGUGGCGGGCUGUGAUCAGGGAUCUGGCGGCGCAGCCGGGGCUGGCGGCCGAGCAGACACCAUCCGACGAGUGAAGGUCAAGAUGUCAUCGGUGUCCGCUCAGGGCGUGGUGGAACGCGCCUCCGCUGAACUAUCCCGGCGCAUCACAGGCUUGGGCCUGAGAGGCAGGAAACGGUCGCCAGGAGUUGUUGAACGUGUGACCAAUGCGUUCUGCGGACCAGCCACUUCAGCCCCCAGGAUACCACGCCGCCGCCGCCCAUCACCCCGUCCACUCGUCUGGAGUCAAUUCAUACUAGAGGAAAGAUUCCUGGAAAAGUUUUUUCUCUACUUUAACGCCAAUGACAGGAGAUCCCUCGCUCAAGUGUGCACCAAAUGGAGGGAUAUUUUAUAUUCGUCGACUCGAUGGUGGUCAGGGUUGGUAGCCAUCUUAGAUAUUCGGGAGACCAGGUCUGAGACGGAAUGUUGCAUGCAAAGGUUCUAUAACUCGGUGGUGAGAAGGGGUAUUCGAGGUGUGGUAUUGGUGUCCGCUGCAGAUGAUGAUAUAAAUGAGUUAAUUAGAAUAUUUCCACUAUCUUCUAACCAUGUUAAUGCUUUGAGCUUAAGAGGAUGCACGGUAUCAGAUCGGGGCUUAGAAACAGUACUGGAUCAUUUGGAGGCUCUUUUUGAACUAGAACUAACUGGUUGCAAUGAAAUAACAGAGGCUGGUAUUUGGGCAUGUUUAACACCAAGGAUUGUCUCACUCACUCUUACUGACUGUAUUAACAUUGCGGACGAGGCAGUUGGUGCAAUUGCACAGCUGCUUCCUUCGCUGUACGAGUUCUCUCUUCAGGCGUACCACGUGACAGAUGCUGCUUUAGGAUACUUCUCACAAAAACAAAGUGCAUCACUUAGUAUAUUGCGUUUGCACAGCUGUUGGGAGUUGACAAACCAUGGAGUUGUUAAUAUAGUACAUUCUCUGCCAAACCUGACAGUGCUGUCACUGAGCGGGUGCAGCAAAGUAACGGACGAAGGUGUCGAGCUGGUGGCGGAGAACCUGCCGCGGCUUCGAAGCUUGGACCUGAGCUGGUGCCCGCGCGUCACGGACAACGCGCUCGAGUAUAUCGCCUGCGACCUCAACCAGCUUGAAGAGUUGACGCUUGACAGAUGUGUGCACAUCACAGACAUCGGCGUGGGGUACAUCAGCACUAUGCAGACCCUGGUGGCGCUGUACCUUCGCUGGUGCUCGCAGCUCAGAGACUUCGGCGUGCAGCAUCUGUGUGGCAUGCGCGCGCUCCAGCUGCUCUCUCUAGCCGGUUGUCCGCUGUUAACAUCGGGCGGGCUCUCAAGCCUGAUACAACUACGCCAGCUCAGAGAACUGGAGCUCACCAACUGUCCGGGCGCGUCCCCCGAACUGUUCGAUUACUUGCACGAACAUCUGCCGCGAUGUCUUAUUAUUGAGUAAACCCACUUGGCACCUUGAUCGAAGUUAAUACACAGUAGUAAGUUGACACCUAAAAUUAGCAAUAGACUCGUUGGAAUCUUAAAUAUUCGUUUCUAGUUAAAAUAACGUAAAAACAAUAUAAUGUUGUUUUAAUACAGCAUUAAUGACUUCAUUAGUGUAUUAAUUGGAUUCAGAUACCGUCGUAUGUACUAAACUAUUUACAAAGAACAUAUUAUAAUAUCUCUAACUACUAAAAAUAUGAACGGCCAUUGAGCAAUCAAUCCCCUGUGAUGUCACAUUUUGACAGCUGUCUACUGAAUAAUUGGAUUUCCACGUGUUUCAAUAUGGCGUCUGUACUACUAGGACAUAAUAAACGUUUAAUGACUGUAUUAUUAUUAAUUACACAUUUAGUAGUGUUGCGUGUAUAUGUCACGGACGAGUAAAAAAAUAAGGACACCGUGUCACCUUACAUAACAGUGAGGCACCAAAACAAGCCGGUAAACGUGUAAAUACAUAGCCCCACGCACACACUUAGACUAAUACAAGCCGAUCGGCCGCCAUUGCUUUACUUGCCAUCGUCUGUGACAGAUAAGUUUGCGUCGCAAUAAAAUAUUUUAAAAAUGCCGUCGUGCGUCGUGAAAAAGUGUAAAAACAAUACUAUAAAAGUAUUUGUGGAUAUAUGAUUAUUUAAGGGGGAAAAAAUUGUGUAACUGGUAUACCCCGUAACCGCACACACACUAGCAUAAAGGUGCUUCACUUGCUAAUAUCACGGCGCGGAGUCCUUAUUUUUUUUACUAGUCCGUGGUAUAUGUAUGUCUAUUAUUUUUAAACUUUGAUAUGAAACCAUGGUUAUUGAUUUAAAAAAAUAUUUAAGUAUAGUAAAUUAAUUUUACAGGACCACAUACUAUUUAAUGCUUAUUUGCACGUUAAUAUUGAAAGAUUGGAAGUAAACGUUCACGGAAGUAAAGAAAAGCGCACAGAUAUGUUUAUCACUUUAAUUAAGGGCUUACGUUCAAAAACAUCUUGUUAAUUUUCAUCUUCUUUCUUCAUUCCGUCAGGUCUAGUUUUUAACAUUUACAUCUAUAACAAUAGGUAUAUAAAUAUCACUACAGAAAAAAAACACCAAAUUACUAAAAAAAACUGUAAAGACUUCGCGAUUUUUGUAUCGCUUUUGCUAUUUGAAGAUGAAGUUUGAUGAACAAGUACCAUAUUUUGCAAUACAUGAAAAUGUUUCAAUGUGGCAAGUGAUCAGAGGCCAACCCGGUCAAUAGAAAGCCGACCGCUAAACAGUCCGUCGCUAACCAACGAGUGAUUCUUAAUCUCAAUAAAAGGACAUAAAUGCUUAUAUAAAUCUAUAUUAUUUGUUAAAAGUUUAACUAAUAAUAAAGAUUUAUUGAACUUUUUAUUAAAAUUAAUACAAUACAAAUUGUUUAAAUUUACAAGAGCGACAUCUCAAGUAAAUUUUCUAAUAUGCAAAUAUUGGGGUUGAGCAGGUUAUCAACUGUAAAGUGGAUCCUUUAGCUGAAGUCACAACCUGAGAGUUGAACAAAGCAUACAAGAUUUUCUGACGAUACGUCACUCGAACGUUUAGCUCAGAUGGCAAAGCACUGGCUCGGAACGCUAGAGGUCGUGGAUUCGAGUCCCGCAUCGUUCAUAAAAUUUUGUUAUCAAAUUUUAUUUUGUGUUAAAUCCAAGAAGUGAGGGUUAUCAAUUUAAAAACAUAAGAAAUUAUUGAACUUUUUAUUAGUUAAAUAUAAUUUUUUUGUAAUUUAUAUUACUCGCAUAUUAAUUCUUACACAUAGCAUUUGUUUAGCCUUGGUUUGAGUGCUUGAAAACUGCGGCUUAGAUUCCGAUGAUUUAUAGUAUUACAGAUUGAGAAAAUUGUAAUAUUCUGAUGAUUGGACGGUUUUGCACAAUUGCUAUCUCUUUUACCUGUAAAAGGGAUUAACUACCACACAUUUAAGCCACACCAUUUUAAUCUAUCUUGAAUGAUGACAUGGAUAAUUUCUCUAUAGACGUCGGCAUAAGUAUCGAAUUCAUUGUACACGAAUAAUUUUUGGUGUUUUAUAUUCGUGAAUAUUGGCUCUAUAAAUUGCUGUAAAUAAAGAGAUCAGAGAACUUGUCAUUUCAACAGACUAGACUCAAACGUUACUUACACUUAUUUAUAUAUUCAGUCGUAACAUUGACAACAAUGAAAUGUCAACACGUGAACCCAUUCCGUUUAUUAUUACUUGAGUGAAAUAAAAAAACUGAUUCAUACAAAGAUAGGUAAAAUUAAUGCCAAAAUAUCAAAUAGAGACAUUUUUGGUAUAAACAUUAGGGGUUAAAGUAUGAAAUCCUCGAUUUGUACUGAAAAAUUGAAAUUAGUUUAGUUUUUAGUUUUUUUUAAUUUAACAUUUUAAUUUUAUCAAUAUAAUUAUUAUUAUUAUCUAUACAUUGCUGCCAACUUAUAGGAAGGUCGUUUCACUGCUAGUUUUGCUAUCAUUGCUCGGAGUUCGGCACAGUAGACAUCUGCCGUUAUUGCUUGACCAGAUCGGAGAAAGCCAUAAUGAAUAACAUCAUGUUGAGACCACCAAACAGUUACCAUUACCUUUUUAUUAGUAAGCUUUGCUUUAGGACACUAUUGCGGCGUUUGACCUGGGGUCAGCCAUUGCAUUUUUCGCUUACGGUUAUCGUAAAGAAUCCACUUUUCAUCGCGUGUCACAAUUCCAUCCAAUUUUCGUUCAUUUCUGUGUCGAUUCAACCAGGCAACACAAAUUUCAACGCGCGUUUCUUUCUGCAUAUCAGUCUAAUCAUGUGGCACCCAUUUUUCAUUGUUUUUUUUUAUUGAUUUGAUGCAAAUAAGUCAAUAUUGUUGUUAAGGUAACGUUAAACCAUGCCGCUAAUUCCUGUAUAGUUUGGUUCGGAAAGGCUUCCACCAUCUCUUUCUGAGUGGGCGGUCUUCCACGUGGUUCGUUGUUCAAAUCAAAGUGUCCAUCACGAAAGCGUCGAAACCAAAAUCGCACGGUGCUUUCAUUAGCAGUCCCCUCUCUAGACGCAACAUUGAUAUUGCCAGCUGUUUCUGCCUCGUUAGUUGCGCGUCUGAACUCGUAUUCAUAAAUCACUCGAAUUUUCGAAGUAUCCAUCUUUCUUGUCUAAGCUGAAUAAAAAAAAACAACUUAAAAAAUCUCAAACCAUGAAAGUUCUAUGUCAAUUCGAAGUACCUAUUACAAUAAAACGGCAAUUUUAUACUUUUACCCCUGUUAUAAUGUUCCUUAAAUAAGCAAUGGUCAUUAAAAUCACAUUUCUACUCUAGUAUCUUUAUUCUCAUGUCGCCAUAUCGUUUUUGGCCAUGUCCUUUGUAUCUUACAAAGGACAUCGCCAAAAAGUACAUUCCAUGUACACAUACAUAGUAAGUGCAUUCUAUAAUAAAAAAUAGAAAGAUGAAUUGCUAGGCGAUUUUUAACCUCUCUGAACUUGUCAGUUUAAAAAUAUCACUAAAUGGAACGAUAUAUUCGUCAAAUUCCACCAUUAUUAUAUUAAUCAGUCAAUUCAAACGUCGAAGUUAAUAUUUAGCUAAUCCAAUACGACGUAUCGAUUGUCAUGUUAAUCAAAUAUAUAUACUAUAUUUCUUUCAUAUGUCAUUCAAUAUCAUAUUUAAUAUCUUUUUAUUCUAAUUAUUAUUUAUAUUCAAAAGAUCUUAAUUGAGAUAUAUUAUAGAUAGACUGAUUAAAACACCAAUGAUCUAAAUGUAUGAAUAAAAUAGUUUAAUUUUAGUUGACUUUAAAAUUUCAUAAAAUAGCCAUUCGAAAUUGCUGUAUGGAUUCGAAUUACAUUAUUUAUAUAAAGUAUAAAUUGUUUGUAUACCAUGAUUAGGAGAUUUUUUUAAUUCUAAUAUUUCAACGGAGUGACUGCAAACCACAAUUAUUAUUGUUAGACAGCUGAUAUAUUGUUAGACAGCUGAAAUAUUAAGUGUGUGUAUAACAGUUUUACUAUUAUACUAGUGCCAGUAGAACAAUAAAAACCAAUAUUGCAAAUUCAAAAUGGCCGCAUAAUAAAAAAUAUUUUUUUCAACAAAAGUUGUAACAAACCUUAUUGUAAUACGAUCGUGCGGAAUUAUUCUUAAUCGGUUUAUUUUAUUGACUUGUUUUUCAGCACAAGCCCUUCAGAGCUUUAUUAGUGUUAUGAGAGUUCAAAAUCAUGAUAAUAAUCUUAAAGGGAUCCAAACAUAGAUAUCUAAAUAAGAAGGUACUAGAAGUGACAUCGUUGUGUUAUACAUUUCGCCUCAGGUUCUUUAAAGAAAACCAGUGACUUAUUAGUGAUUUGGCGAUGGCUGGUCCAUGCGUCAUGCUCGUGAACGGGUGCUACUCGUGGUGGCUGGAUGAUCUUGUUACCGGGAGGUCUGCUUGAUGUGUUUUUUAUUAUUAUUAUUUCCUUUAAAGUUAAAGUUAUAUUUUAUUUUAUGAAAUGCUCACAUAAUGCCUCUAUUUAUUUACGGUAUGUGUGGAUUGAUGCAUCUACUUUACUCAAUAACUCUUAUGUUUAUAAGUAUUAAUUUACUUUUAUUUCUUUUUUUGACUUGUGUAAGCCUUAUUUUUUAAAUAAGAUAUAUAGUGAUAUUGAUCGCUAAAAUUGCAAGAAAAUUGUUUCUUGAUAAGAUUAUUAAUCAAUUUGUAUUGCACACAUUUAAGAUACCAUUGCUAUCAAUUUGACGACCGAUAUAGCCGAAUGGUUAGUGACCCUGACUACUAAGCUAGAGGUCCCGGGUUCGAAUCCCGGUAGGUGCAAUCAUUUAUAUGAUGAAUAUCGAUGUUUGUUUCCGAGUCGUGGAUGUAUUUAGGUAUGUUUACGUAAGUAUAUUGUAUUAAAUAUUCCUGUCUUUGUCUUGUACACAUAGUACAGGCUACGCCUAGUUUGGGGCAAGAUAAUUUGUGUAAAAGUGAAAUAAAUAAAAUCCCUCCAUAUUCGGACCAUUGAAAGCCUACGUACCUACCCGUGUUAUGUAUCCAUAUAUUGGCGACAGUUAUUCCUCAUACAAUUGUCACUUAUAAAAUAUAUUUUACCUUCUUAUUUAGAUUUCCAAAGUUAACAAAUAAUUAAAGACAAAUAAACCGUUUUCUUGGCACGUAGAUGUAUGGUAUUUUGUUAAAUUAAUGUCGAUAUAACGUUUUUCCACGUAUGUUGCUCAGGUUUUAAAAUAUUUAAUCUUUAUUAAAAUUAUAAUCUCAGAUCAUUAUUAUAUUAAAUAAAUUCUUUAUUGCCAUAAAAAACGUUACAAAUAUAAUAUGAAUAAUUAGGCUACGCUAUGAAACAAUAGGCAAAAGGAAAAGGCUCAGCUUCACCUGACAUGGAAUCAUGGAUUUAUGUUUCCAUGCAGUGCAGUUUUUCUGCCAUCCCCUCCUCCCUAAGGUCUUGAGUGGGAGUUGGAUGUAUUAUGGCUCCCCGAUUACCUACUUAAGCUAUCUUUUUAUAAUAAAAAUGAAAAUUAUGUAACACAAAGCAUUAUAUCUGAUAAUUUUGUAUUAUAAAUGUCACUUCCAUUUGCUCAAGUUCCUUGUCAUAUUAUAUUGUGGAACACUUUCGAAGACUGUAUAUUAUUUUGUGCACUUUGCUGAAUUAUUUUAAGUAUAUUUGUUUUGAGUCAUAAUAUAGUCAUAGUCAUUAAGUAUUUAACUGUUUUGAAAUAAGUUUGAAUCGGAAUCGUUUAGAACUGAAUAUAUCUAGAGUAUUUAACCAAUCGGGGAUGUCAGUGGCGGAUUUUACAAAAAAUAGAUUUUGUCUCAUAUACCUUGUUAUAUUGAUAUACAGGAUGGUUUUUUGAGAAGGGCGGUGAUGGCCAAGUUGGAAACUGCAAGACUUAGAGGUAAGCCGUGAAAGGAGUCACGCCCUCGAUUUAUAAGAAACCAAUAACUGCAUAUUUAGUUUUUAAAAUUUCUUGAAUUUUUGAUGGAAAUCAACCCGGUGGAUUUUUAAAAAGAGAUUACACGCUGUAUUAUUGGAGCAAUGGAUGUUACUUAAGUUACUUAAAUUUAAAUUAUUAAAGAAAGAAAAUACCAAAUUUUUAUAAUUUUUGGCUUUAUUAUUUUUUUCACGGAAGAAAAUUUUACCCCUAGUCAAUCUUUUUGUUAGAAAUCUUACUUUUUUAUUGAUAUUCUAUCCAGGAUAAAUCCUGUCAUGGUAUCAAAUGCAGUAGGCCAUUAGAGGCAUGUAUAAACUUAUGCACUGAAGCCAUUUUGACAACCAUAUUUUCUCAGAAAUAUAUAUAUUUGAAUACUUGAAAUACUUUAGCUGUAUCAGUACGCUUCUAAUUCAUCGGUCGAUUGACUCCACAAACAGACAGAAUACCCGAACACUCAUCUCUUAUUCUUUGGCCAAAAAAAUUUACGUCAAUUAGACACGUUCUUACUAGAUUUUUGACUGACUCUGUUUUUAUGUUAACGUUAACAGCUUCCGCCUUCGCAAGUAAUGCUUGGUGUUUUCUUUUUGACUUAUCAACAAUUUUUUUUAUACAUUAUGGCAAUUAAUUGUUAUGUUUUAGUUGGCUUACAUCCCCCACCAGAGUCCGACCCGGUCCAACCCUACGUGGACAUGACCAGAGCUAUUGAUUAUUUUUCUAAAUCCAUAUCAUUUUGGUUAAAUACUCUAAGAACAUUAUUAUUACUAAUAUUUUAUAUUGUAUAUAUAAACAUAAAUCUGCUGUUACCAAUAUUAUUUACAGCUGCAACUGUUGUGUUCAAUUUAGAUAGUCCUCUAAAUGUAUAGUUUCGUAAGUCUAAAACCUAGUCAAAUACAUAGCUCUAAUAAACCUUAUUGAUAUAAGUAUUAUUUUAAGUUUUUACAUCAAGUGAAUUGCCUUUAUCAUUUUGUACAUUAAAAUUUGAAUUUAAUUAUUUUUUCAUGAGUGCAUCAUCAGAAUCGUUUGUGGCUACGUCAAAUAUUAGUAAAAUAAUCUGCAGAAUUCUGUAGAAUUUUAAGUGUGUAAUAGUAAUUAUAUAUAAACUAUAAUAAUUAUUAUUAUGAAACAAUAAUAUAUUUAUGUACAUAAUUAACUUGUUGUAUUCUACCGAAUUCUGUAGGAUUGAUGGGGCAAAUAUAUUUGCAGUAGUUGCAAACAUGUUAAGAUCUUUCUGGUGAGGUGGGUUAGAUACAAUGCUAUUAAUGGGUACUAAAACUAAUAAUUUAUUUUGCUAUAUUCAUUACGAAUCUUAUUAUAAUACCGUCCGAGCCUUAUGUACAAGCGAAUGUUUGUGUGUAUACGAAUGAGAGUACAACUAUGUGUGAUGUGUGCAAAUGGUUAUAUUAUGUAGAUAUAUCUCCUUUAUUUCAUAUAAUUGUUUGGCAUUUUUAAUAUCUUUAGUAUCCUAGUGUGUAAUUAAGGUGUUUACAAUUAGUAUGUGCCUACUUUCCUCGAUAACGAUAAUCUUAACAUAAAUGUGAUAUUGGUAGCAGUGUCACAGAAAUUUGCAUAGGUUGGUAGAAGUAUUCGAUAAAUAUAUAGAGUUGUUACGUUAAAAAAAAAUCAAAUGCUGCAUUUAAUAGUUCUUCGCCUUUAUAAAAUAGAUUGAAUAUUCUGAAAAACUAAACAUAAUGGUUACAGUCAUAAGUUUAUCACACAUAAUUGGAAGCAUUUCUCAUUUUUAGGUAGUUAAAUUAUUCAUAUUACUGGCCUACGUGCAAAGGAAAGAUUUCUGACUGUGGCAUUAUAUUAUAUCCAAUUUAUGAAUGACUUAUUUAUAAAAUUAAUCUAUAAAUUGUUGAGAUGGUGUAAGCUAUUAUUUUCUACUCUUUAAAUGGUUGUAACUUAAUAAAGCAAUAUUAUAAUGUAUUAUACUAAGAUAUUUAAAAAAAAUCUCAUAAAUGUUCUCAAAUGUCAGCAGUAUUAGUCCAGCCUUUGAUUUUGAAUCUAUCUCCGUGUAAUUGGUUAUAUUUUUGUAACCAUAGUAAUAUUAUAUUAGUAGCUAGUUUUUUAAUGUUUCGCAAUUUUGGAGAUAUUUUCAUGUUUGCAGUGAAUAUAUUUCUUUAUUCUUCUCUUUUUAAUGUGCACCCUUAUACCAUAUUUGCUAUAUAUAUUAUUGUGUGAAUUUUUUAAAUGUUUUUUGUGUUGUAUGUAGUGAUAAGUGUAAGGUACAGUCAAAAUAUCUUAUUUGUCUCGACCACUAUAGUCGACAGUUCUGUGACAAAUUUAGGGCGAGUUUAACAUGGCCGAGGUUUUAUAGGAUUUUUGUUAGUACCUACAGCUUUUAAACGUAUUACAGAAACCGGUUACAAAUUAACGCUUUCGGUUGUACAUAGUGAGAUGUUAUAGUGCAAUAUAGAUGUACUGUUGAAA